AUGUCACUGUUCUCGCGGUCCUCUCGCCUAAUCUACAGUGCAGUCCGCAAUGCAUCAAAUGCGGCAAGGAGCAAAGUGUUUCUCGAUGUGAAUAUUGGUGACAAACCAGCUGGAAAAAUCACCAUAGAGCUAUUCAGUGAUGUCGUACCAAAGACCGCAGAGAACUUUCGAGCACUUUGCACUGGAGAAAAGGGAAAGGGAAAGAGCGGGAAGCCUCUUCAUUACAAGGGUUCCACUUUCCAUCGCGGUGGCGACUUCACUCUCGGUGAUGGACGAGGUGGCGAGUCCAUUUAUGGCCACAAAUUUGAGGAUGAGAACUUCAAACUGAAGCAUAAUGGUCUUGGAUGCCUCUCUAUGGCUAAUGCAGGCCCUGAUACCAACGGAAGCCAGUUCUUUAUCUGCACUGCUGAUACACCUUGGCUGGACGGCAAACAUGUAGUUUUUGGCCAAGUUACUGAUGGUAUAAGUGUUGUGAAGAAGAUCGAAUCUAUGGGCUCGCAGUCAGGGAAACCCAAAGAAAAAAUCACCAUCGUUGAUUGUGGUGAACUCAAGAAAGACGAUUAG